AUGAACUCCCUUGCCCGUUCAGCAUCCAUACCUAUAUCUACGUCGACAUCGCGUCCACUUUCAUCCAGAGAUAUACCAGCUUCAGCUUCAGCUUCGACUUCGAGGAUAACCACCUGGCCAUUGGAAAUCGAGGAAAACGAUAUCGAACCAUCAUCUUCCACUCACCUCAACGUACCUUCCUUAAUAGCGACGACCUCAACAUCUACAACUCAUUCAUCAAAUCCACUAUCACUAUCUCACUCGCGUGGUGUCAAGCGUGCCAAUCGAGAGACGAUUUCACCUAAAAGGAUAAAACGUAUACGCGAGGCUACACCUAUUGAGGAUGGAUCUGCUUCCAACUCCACAGCGAAUCUUGUAGAUGGGACAGGUACUUCGUCUUUUCAGUUUUUGAAUGCUUCUGCACCUACCACAGCUAUCGCUGGACCGAGUUCAUACGCGCAGGAAGAAAUGGUGAUAGGGACGAGCGAGAAUGGGGAUGGUGAAGAGGAUAGUAAGAGCGUUUUGUUUUCGGAACAAACUGGGAAGACGGAGUUGAUAGAAGGUGAAUGUGGAGGGAAUGGGACGAUAAUACAACAGGAAGACGACGAAGGAGAAGAUGAAUACACGGUCGAAAAUGAAGGAGAGUAUGAUGAAGAACAACAGUAUGAUCGAAUUGAGGGAGAAGGAGAAGAAUUUUUAGUGGAAGAACAGUAUGAACCUCAAGAUGAUCUUUCGGUUGAUGAUGAUGGGGAUGUAUCCACCAAACCACGUCCGUUGACCAUCGAUCUAAGGAAAGUGAUGCCUCCCCCGCCGCCAGAUAUAGUAUCGAAAUCGAAAUCAAGGUCAACUUCAUCUUCACACCGUCAAUCUUACGGUUCCAACUUGGUCAAUGAUACGAUGACUCAAGUUAUCGAAGGGUCCUCUUCAAGACAGAGACAGAAUACCAACGACAACAACAUUAACGGCCAUGUUUCGUUUGUCGAUCUGAACGGACAAGCUUACUCUGAUAAUGCAGAAGACCAAGAAGGAGAGGAAGAAGGAAGUGGAUCACCUGAGAGUUAUCAUUCGGGUGAUUCAGACGAAUAUGAGAUGGAGCAUAGACCAGUCUUGGAACGAACAGCGAUCAAAAGGGAUAUAAGGAGUUUUACAGAGAGUUUGACCGUACUUAGAGAAGGUGUAGAUGGGUAUCUACCAUAUAAAGUGGUUGAUAGAUUAGGUGAAGGUACAUUUUCAUCCGUCUAUUUGGCAUACGAUUGCUUGAAUCGCACUUAUGCAAAUGAAUAUUGGUCUGGCAUACCGGAUGAGGAUCAAGAUGAAGAUACGAACGAACAGCAACCAGCAGUCAAGGUUGCUCUGAAGAAGAUUUUGGUGACUAGUAGUCCAGCUAGAAUAGAAAAUGAAUUAGCGAUUCUUGAGGCGUUGAGAGGUUGCCGGAAUGUCUCGCAACUUAUCAGUGCAUUCAGAGAAGAAGAUCAAAUCAUCAUCGUCCUACCCUUUCAUCGGAGUGAUGAUUUUCGACAUUUCUACCGACACAUGGACCCACCGCAUAUCCGAUCGUACCUUCAAAGCUUAUUCCGAGCCCUGAAAGACAUACAUAAACGAGGGAUAGUCCAUCGAGAUGUCAAGCCUGCCAACUUCUUGUAUGAUUACGAAACGGGAGAAGGUGUCUUGGUAGAUUUCGGAUUGGCGGAGAGAUAUGUCCCACCGAGGAAACCAACUUGUCAACAUGCUCCUGCAACUAUCAGCUCGUUACAGGGAUCAAAGAUCAAAACUGGAGAGACGUCAAUAGUGGAACAAGCUGUUUACGAUGCGAGGAAAAGAUCUAGACAAGGUGAAGGUAGAAUAGGUUUCCCUCAUGAGGAUAAGAGGCCGACGAUCAAGACUAAUCGAGCGGGAACAAGAGGUUUUAGAGCACCGGAAGUAUUGCUCAAAUGUCCUGAUCAGACCGUCGCAAUCGAUAUUUGGUCUGCUGGCGUGAUGCUGUUGUCGAUUUUGACGCAUAAAUUCCCGGUAUUCAAUUCGAGUGAUGAUAUCGAGGCUUUAAUGGAAAUUGCCGCUAUCUUCGGAAGGGCAGCGAUGGAACGAUGUGCUUUACUUCACAAUCGAACGAUAAUAUCUAAUGUGCCUACCCUCGACUCUCACCCUUCCUCUCUCGCGUCGUUGGUGAUGAAACUCAAUCCUCAUAUAUACACACCGCAUAUGACCAAUCCUACACCCGAUGAUGCUCGAGAACAUAUAGAAGCGAUCGAUCAAGCGAUUGAUCUAUGUCAAAAGUUAUUACGACUCGAUUCGACCAAACGUCUGACUGCUGCUCAAGCUCUCAGACAUCCUUUCAUAGCUCCUCGAGAAGGUGAGGAAGAUGAGGAAGAAGGUAGGGAUGAGAUGAUUCAUCCGAAGGAUGGGAAGUGCGGUGAAUUGCAUGAGGUCGAGGAUGGCAGACAUCGAGCAUAUUUCCAUCCUGAUAUGAGAGAAUUACCUUUCGGGCAAGGUAUCCCACCUACUCGUGAUUCUUUAUGUCCCGAACAUGAACAUUAUCAAGAACGUUUCCAGAUAAACCCACUUGUCACUCGCCGAUGGGUCAAUCAAGCCGCUGAAGAUGCAGAUGAGGCGCAAGAAGGAGAUGAGGAAGACUUUGUUGUUGAGACUGAACCCAGCGAUAAGAGAUAUCCUAAUGUCAGUGGGAACGGUACGAUCCAACCGUUGAAAGAAAGGGAUAUCAACGCUCCUACGAAUCAUGUCCAUAAUGGCUUGAUGUACGAUCGGAAAAGGAGAGGGGUCGCCAUUGAGAUGUAG